AUGGAAGAUUCAGAAGCUGGUAUUACUGCCAAAGCCAGGGAAGCCACCGGGGCAUCCGGGUUGACUAAAUGUGCGGAGGGCAAACGCGGACUGUCGAAGAUGCAGUUCGGUUUCCACAAAGGAGUAUCGACGGUGGACUACGUAGACUACGCCUGUGAGAAGUCGGCGAAAGCAAUGAACGCAAUAGGGAGGAUUAUACCAAACGUCGGCGGUCCGAGAAGCAGCACAAGACGCCUGAUAGCUAGUAUUUCCUCAUCGAUACUGCGGUAUAGGGUACCUGCUUGGAGUGCAGCGCUGGAAAUAAAGCGGAAUCGUGAAAAGCUAAAUAAUGCGUUCCGGCUGAUGGCCAUGCGAGUCUCAAGUGCGUAUAGAACAAUAUCGUCGGAGACAGUAUGCGUUAUCGCCGGGAUGAUCCCCAUCUGCAUCACACUGAAAGAGGAUAUCGAGUGCUACCAGCAGAGAGACACCAGAAACGCCAGGAAGAUUGUGAGAAUCCGCUCGAUGGCAAGGUGGCAGCUGGAGUGGGAUGAGACGGAGACAGGAAGGUGGACGCAUAGGCUCAUCCCAAACCUGUCGACGUGGGUAGAUAGAAAGCAUGGCGAGUUCCUGUCCGGCCACGGACUGCUUCAGGAAGUACUUACAUCGGUUCGGGCACGCAACUUCACCGUAAUGCCCGGAGUGCGAUAA